AAACUCCAAGAUUCUGCGGCUCAAUAUCAGUUGUUGUUUGUUAUUUGGAACCGACACUCAUUAAAUGCUUAAUAAUAUUCAACAUCAUUAUUUUAUUCAACACAAGUUACAAUUUACUUGCAAUCUACGCGUUCAAUUUUUUAAAAUGCAUAAAAUAACAUUAUCAACUUUCAUUGUAUUAUUUAUAAUAAUUAAAAGGUCAAAUGGUGAGUGCUCAUCUAGAGGAAGAAACAUUUAUUGUGAAUAUACAACUAUUCAAAGUAUUGCGAGUACGUUUUCUAGUAAUAAUAGUAUAAUAACCUCAGCAAAUAUCGAAACAUGUUACUUAGGACACGCAAGAAAAGAAUUUCUACCAUUUAACAACUUAAACACAUUAUCUUUACGUUGUGAUAUAAUAACAUUAGAAGAACAAGCAUUCCGCAAUUUAAAAAAUCUUCAACAUCUAAAUUUAACUUCGAAUAAAAUCGCAAGACUUCCGCAUAAUAUGUUCCGGGAUUUAUCACAAUUAAAUACUAUAGAUUUAUCGAAUAAUGAUUUAACGUUAACUACAAUCGAUACGUUUUAUCAUUUAUGGGCUUUAUCAUAUUUAAAUAUUGCUUUUAAUAAAAUAAUCGAAUUAAAAUUGGGAACUUUAGAUGCAAUUCCCAAUUUAAAAACGUUAAAAGCGAAUAAUAAUCGAAUUGGUUUGCUAAGAUUAGGUGUAUUGGAUGGUGGAAGAAAUUUGGAAAAUUUAGAUUUAUCUAAUAAUAUAAUCGAGGAAAUUCCAUUUGGAUUAUUUGACAACUGUGCAAAAUUAAAAGAUUUAAAUUUAUCUAACAAUGAAAUAAGAAGUUUACCUUUAGGUUGUUUAGAUAAAUUAACCUCUAUGGAAACAUUAAAUUUAUCUAACAACAAAUUUCAAAAAGUAGAGUUGGGGUUAUUCGAUGAAAUGCCGAAAUUGAAAGAAUUAGAUUUAAGCGAAAAUAAAUUGUUAGAGUUACCUUUAGGUGUUUUUGAUCAAUUAGAAAACUUGCAAACGCUUAAUCUGCAAAGUUGUAAGUUACAAAGAAUCGAAAAUGGAAUUUUCGACAAAAACAAAAGACUAAUUACGUUAGAUUUAUCGCAAAAUCGUAUUGAAAAAUUAGAAGAUGGAACUUUAGACGAUACAAAAGCAUUGAGAUAUUUUAAUAUUUCUCAUAACUCUAUUACAAAUCUCGAAAAGAAUGUAUUCCAUCAAACUCAAAUGAUCGAACUUGAUCUUUCUCAUAACGACAUUUCUAAUUUACCUCAUGGCAUAUUUAAAUUAAAUUAUGCAGAAAAAAUUUAUUUAAAUAACAACAGAAUUAGUAAUAUUGACACUAAAGUUUUUGAAUCAUUAUCGAAUUUAGUUUAUUUAAAUUUAGAGUAUAAUCAAUUAAGACAAAUCAAUGAUGGUAUAUUUAACUAUUUGCCUCGAUUGCAACAAAUUGAUAUUGCUGGAAAUACAUGGAAUUGUGAUUAUUUUAGGAAAUUAUUAAAUCUUUUAAGUAAUAAAUAUAUUAAUUUUAAUAAAAAUAGCGACUACUUUAAAGGAUAUAAACCUGUUUGUGUUGGUACCCCAUUUCCAUAUCACAAUACCGAUCUUGGUUUUGAUUUGGGUGAUGUCGGUUUAAACCAAGCAGCGAAAGUUUUAAGACUUAUCUACAUACAAGAUUUGCGCAACUUACAAACUAAAGGAAACGAAGUUAUUGUUUCUGUCCAAAACAUCACAGCUAAUCCAAAAACUGAUACUAAACUGGGAAAACGUGCUCAAUUUUUUAAAAUGCAUAAAAUAACAUUAUUAACUUUCAUUGUAUUAUUUAUCAUGAUUAAAAGGUCAAAUGGAGAGUGCUCAUCUAGAGGAAGAAACAUUUAUUGUGAAUAUACAACUAUUCAAAGUAUUGCGAGUACGUUUUCUAGUAAUAAUAGUAUAAUAACCUCAGCAAAUAUCGAAACAUGUUACUUAGGACACGCAAGAAAAGAAUUUCUACCAUUUAACAACUUAAACACAUUAUCUUUACGUUGUGAUAUAAUAACAUUAGAAGAACAAGCAUUCCGCAAUUUAAAAAAUCUUCAACAUCUAAAUUUAACUUCGAAUAAAAUCGCAAGACUUCCGCAUAAUAUGUUCCGGGAUUUAUCACAAUUAAAUACUAUAGAUUUAUCGAAUAAUGAUUUAACGUUAACUACAAUCGAUACGUUUUAUCAUUUAUGGGCUUUAUCAUAUUUAAAUAUUGCUUUUAAUAAAAUAAUCGAAUUAAAAUUGGGAACUUUAGAUGCAAUUCCCAAUUUAAAAACGUUAAAAGCGAAUAAUAAUCGAAUUCAUUUGCUAAGAUUAGGUGUAUUGGAUGGUGGAAGAAAUUUGGAAAAUUUAGAUUUAUCUAAUAAUAUAAUCGAGGAAAUUCCAUUUGGAUUAUUUGACAACUGUGCAAAAUUAAAAGAUUUAAAUUUAUCUAACAAUGAAAUAAGAAGUUUACCUUUAGGUUGUUUAGAUAAAUUAACCUCUAUGGAAACAUUAAAUUUAUCUAACAACAAAUUUCAAAAAGUAGAGUUGGGGUUAUUUGAUGAAAUGCCGAAAUUGAAAGAAUUAGAUUUAAGCGAAAAUAAAUUGUUAGAGUUACCUUUAGGUGUUUUUGAUCAAUUAGAAAACUUGCAAACGCUUAAUCUGCAAAGUUGUAAGUUACAAGGAAUCGAAAAUGGAAUUUUCGACAAAAACAAAAGACUAAUUACGUUAGAUUUAUCGCAAAAUCGUAUUGAAAAAUUAGAAGAUGGAACUUUAGACGAUACAAAAGCAUUGAGAUAUUUUAAUAUUUCUCAUAACUCUAUUACAAAUCUCGAAAAGAAUGUAUUCCAUCAAACUCAAAUGAUCGAACUUGAUCUUUCUCAUAACGACAUUUCUAAUUUACCUCAUGGCAUAUUUAAAUUAAAUUAUGCAGAAAAAAUUUAUUUAAAUAACAACAGAAUUAGUAAUAUUGACACUAAAGUUUUUGAAUCAUUAUCGAAUUUAGUUUAUUUAAAUUUAGAGUAUAAUCAAUUAAGACAAAUCAAUGAUGGUAUAUUUAACUAUUUGCCUCGAUUGCAACAAAUUGAUAUUGCUGGAAAUACAUGGAAUUGUGAUUAUUUUAGGAAAUUAUUAAAUCUUUUAAGUAAUAAAUAUAUUAAUUUUAAUAAAAAUAGCGACUACUUUAAAGGAUAUAAACCUGUUUGUGUUGUUAAUAGUUUAUAAAUUUAAUUAAAAGAAAAAAUUAAUUCAGUUUACCUACAAAUACAUAUCAAUUGUAUUUAAUUAUUUUACAUUACGAAAAGUUGUUAUAAAAUUAUUGUAGCUUAAAAAUAUUUUAUAAUAAAUAUGU